UGUUUCCGGUCUUCGUGUUCCUGGACAAUCGUCAUCAUCGCCGACACCUGUGUCUUCUGUAUAGUAAGGCUCAGUCGUACGUGCUGCGUUUGUCGGUUCGUCGUGACGUUACGCAUGUUUCCUGGAGUUGAAGAAACUUCGCACUGUGUUUAAAAUGAUCGUUUUAUAACCCAAAGUAUGUACGAACUAAAAUAAACUUUAAAAGUCACUGCAUUUAAACUCAAAGCUAUUCUGCAGGAUGUGCUCGUAGCCCAAAGAAAGCACAGAGGCUCCGACAUUUAAAUACAAUUUAAAUACAAUUCCUUGUAUCCAUUUUUGGAGCUUGGACGUUAGUAUCUUAGUUUGUGUCGAAGAGACACAGGCGAUGAAUGAAACCGGUCACAGACUGAGCGGAGCAGGAGCCGCUGUUCUACAGGGUUUUACAGCAGCUGAUGGUGAGUCGGAGCCAGAAUGGACCGGUGGACCCGGGUUGGCAGAAUCAGCUGCACACGGUUCCAUCAAAGAAAGAAACCUACACAUGCUGUGAAGCAGAUCUACUGUGGGUCCGGGAUCCACUGUCCUCAUCAAGUGAUCUGGUCCUGACGUUGAAGGACAUUCACAAAGCCAGCAAAGUAGAGUUUUAUUUUCCUGAAAUUACUUCUUAAUAAUAUUAGUACUGCACUUAUGGGUCUUUAAUAAAUAUAAUAUACAUUUUGUGUUUUGAACAGCUUGCUGUUACGGUGGCAUUUGCGUGGACUCAUUUAGUUAUAGUUUAAUAUUCCUUUUAGUUCUUCUGAAUGGAAUCUGCUCUUUUUACCCUAACACACUCGUGGAUGUGACUUUGGAGACGGAUUCCUGGGCAGAUCUUACGCCUUCUUGUCUUGGAGCAGUUUAGCAGAAGUUGCUAAAUAUGCAGUGAGGUUCAGUUCAGUUCAGUUCACAAUGAAUCACAUUCAAGCACAACUGCCACAGCAUGACAACAAACAAACUCCUAUGAAAUUAGUGGUUGUGCUGGUUUUACAAAUGUUUCGCUUCAUACCAGAAUAAUUCAUCUCUUAACUGUUCAGAUGAAUAUUUAUAACUUGGCUUUUUUCUGUCCUCUUGCUACAAAUGCACAAGAUUUUACCCCUCGACUGCCUUUUAUUUCUGCAACUGACUCUCUGCCAAGUAGGUCAGAGGCUCACAGUUCCAAAGUGCACUGUUAUGAAAGCAGCCCUGACAGAGACAGAAGUAAAGAGAAUACAAGUCUGACUUCUGUUCCGACACAGUUUUACAGCACACGCUGAGUUUAAACAUGACUGCAGACAUUUGGGACGUUAUUAUUGUUGGCGCUGGACUGUCUGGACUGAGUGCAGCUUAUUUGCUAAGGAAAAAGGAUGCCAAGCUGCGAGUACUGGUCCUGGAAGGAAAAGAUCGGGUGGGAGGUCGUACGCUGACCGCUGACAUCCCUUCGGCCGGUGGUGUGGACCGGUGGGACUUUGGAGGGCAGUGGGUGGGAAGCACGCAGACACAUGUUCUGCAGCUCAUAACGGAGCUGGGCUUGGAGACCUACCCGCAGUACAGCACUGGCAGGAAGGUGCACCACGUGGGCGGGCCCAGUGCCAGAGUUCGCACCUACACUACCAGUAUCCCUGCUCUAUCCCCACUGGUGCUACUGGAUCUCACCCAGCUGGUGUGGAAGAUCAACAGAUUGUGCGCCACAGUGUGUGUCCAGGACCCUUCGAAGACGCCCAACGCCGCCGGCUGGGACAGUGUGACCCUGCACUCCUUCAUUGAGCAACAUGCGUGGACUGCAGAACUCAAAGAGGAGAUAGGAGUGUCCAGCAGGGCGGUCUUUGGCAUGGAGCCAUCCCAGAUGUCCUUCCUGUUCUUCCUUGUGUACGCCACAGCAGCUGGAGGGUUGCUGAGGCUUCUGGAGAGCACUCCUGGUUCUGCUCAGGAGUCCAAGAUAAAGGGGGGCACCCAACAGCUUUCAGAGUGUCUGGCAGAGCGCGUGGGGUGGAAGAAUGUCCGGCUGGGUUCUGCUGUGACGGCCAUAUGGCAGGAUGCCGAGUGGGCCAGGGUGACCACCGCCACCGACGCCCUCCUGUGCAGAGCCGUGAUCGUCACCUGCCCCCCUCAUUUGGCAGCAAAGAUCCACUACGAGCCGGCGCUGCCCAGCCAGAGAGAGUUUCUUACCCAGAACAUGCCUGUGGGACAUAUGAUAAAAUUCAUUAUUACCUACCAGACGGCUUUCUGGAGGGAGAAGGGCUUCUCUGGAGAGGUGGUGGCCGGGUCCGGCACCAAGUGUCCGUUCUCCGUUACCUACGACGCCACCAGCCCCGGCGGGAGCGCCGCCCUGGUGGGCUUCAUCGCCGGUGAGCAGGCUUCUGAGUGGAGCUCCAAGGACGCUGGAGAGAGGAGAGACGCUGUGCUCUGCAGUCUGGUCAAAUACUUGGGUCCUGAGGCAGCGUCGUACAUCCACUAUGAGGAGAAAGACUGGGCUGAGGAGGACUACAGUGGAGGCUGCCCUGUUAAUGUCAUGGCUCCAGGUCUGCUUACAUAUUACCACCCCAGCUUGAGGAAGCCCUGUGGCAGGUUUUGGUCUGAGAUGAGUCCACUGCAGGAACAGGUUGUGCGUUAUGCCGUUCAUGAAGUCUCCUCACGCUGUACAUCAUAUGCUACAGAGACUCUGCUUCCAGGCUGUGACCCACAGAUGCUUCAGUCCACCUUUUAGCGAUGCCCCCCUUAAAAUUGCUGACUGUGGCUCUUCUUCUGGAGCUGGUGGAGGUUUGAUGUAUUUCCAGGUCGACUACAUCAGCUGACAGAUCAAUUCUUUGUUCAGUUUCUGUCAUUUCGAAGCUGAUUUAAUAAUCCUUUAUUACCAAAUGUCUGUUAUUGUUAUUACCUGCUUUAGGUGCUUCUAAUCCCGGAUCCCAUCGUCAUUUGAACACUGAACCCUGUGUGUGUGUGUGUGUGUGUGUGUGUGUGUGUGUGUGUGUGUGUGUGUGUGUGUGUGUGUGUGUGUGUGUGUGUGUGUGUGUGUGCGUGCGUGUGUGUGUGCGUGCGUGUGUGUGUGCGCGUGCGCGCGUGUGCGCGCGUGCGCGCGUGCGUGUGUGCGUGCGUGUGUGUGAAAGAGAAACUGUGUCACAGCGCUUUGAGUCCUGACAUGGUGGAAAAUAACUGUACAAGUGCCGAGCGUUUACCACUAGCUCUAAUCAGCAACAGCCUCAUUAAAAGUCUGUUGGACUAGGAUCUGAGCAGCAUUCACAUAAGGUCAGAGCUAAUUCUGUGUUCGUAUCAUUAUAAAUAAAUUAUAUUAAUAUAAUGAUGUCAAUGAAAAGCGGCUCUAUUUUGUUUCUUGGUUUUUGUCCAGCUCAUAUUUAAGACAAGCGCUGAAAAACAAUUUUUCCAGCUGCACCAGAUACAGUAACACACACGAGUCUCCUUCAGUGAAUCUAUACAGGUCCUGUGCAGCACAACAUCAGAUCCUAUAAGAGCUGGUCUGUAAAUCUAAAUAAAUGCCUUGUGGCAGCAGAGCUUGUAGAGAGGACGCCUUCCGUUCCUCAACCACUGACAUCACAGAAACUAAAUAAGAGAGAAUGAGCCAAAAGCAAAUGGUGCCAAGACACAACCGAAGUCAAAUAAUAUUACUUCAUCUCCCACUUUGGCCAGAAUUCCCAGAAUCCCAUGAGCAGAGGUGAAAGAGAGGCUGCCCUCAAAUACAACAAAUAUACAGAUAGAAAAUGAGCUGUGAACAUUGUCCACCCUGUUGUAGGUUCUAAUGCAGUGAAGGCAGUACAUCCUGGUUCUGAUGCAUCUGACCCUUUACAUGAACAGAAUGCAGUAAAAACAUGUCGAUACAUCAGUGGACCAGGGUCUGAAAAAGUACAGCUACAAGCUGCAUUCCAACCAGCACCACGGAUGCUGAGUCCUUGGGCGCGACUCUGGGAACAAACGGCCAUAAUUAGGAAAGUCAUUAGUCUUUCUUUCUAAUGCUGAAUGAUACUAAACAUGACUCACAUAACUAAUCAUUUGUGAAGAUCCUGGCUUCAGCGCAGCAUCUUGAACAUAAAAGUCACUAUAAUAAGGAACAUUAACUGAAGAAUGUCUUCAUCUUAAAUCUUAUAGAAACAUACACACUAUCAACACUGUUUGAUGAACUACUCUUCACUGCACUCUUGGUUUCGCUGCAUGUUAAGGAUGUUUUGAUCUGUGUCAAUGGGACACAGCAGAUCCCAUCUCAUCUCCAUUUUCCAUCCUUUCAAGCUGUCUUGAUCCGGUUUCCCUGGUGACCGUCUAUUCUCUCUGUUCUGCUACUGUAGUACCGAAGUGCACAGGAAAAUUAAAAUUGAUGAAAGCUGCUCUGAGAGCUGAUGCGUUCCUCGAAAUGCGAGUGAGCGGAUGUUUAUCCCAGGGGAGCUGCAGCGCAUUAGGAUUUAUUGGCUCCAAAGGUUAAAGGUGGCAGGAUCAGAGUCCUGGUUAAGUGGCAGACGAUGCCUGCUUUAUCUGGUGCCUCAGCGCCUGCAAGUCCACAUGCAGGGCGGCAGCUUUAUGGUGGGAGAGUUGGGCUUCUUGUCUGUUUGAAACUCGAGGGGUCACAGACUUAAAAAAUACAGACACAACACAGACUCGACGCAGCCCAAGUAAAUAAAAGGUUCAUUAAGGCUGAAGGAUAUUUAAUAAAUAAAAAAAAAGUUGUAACUACAACAUGGUGAAAUAUUCUUCAACUUGAAUCCAAUAAAACAGCUUUGGAGUUUUCAAAGUGGAAGGCAGGGCAGAAAACAUGUUGCUGAGAGGAUCAAUAAAGAAUGGCACAGCAUCGUCUGAGCAAGUCUGCAUCGUGAAUGCCCAGAAGAAUGGAGUCUGUCAGAAAUAAAGGUGAACCAACAAACUAUUACAAAACAGCAGACUCUCACUGAAAAUCCACAGUCUGACUUAUGCUCCCAGUUGUUUCUCAAAAUGCUUCAUUAGAUUGAAAAGACCUUUUCUUCAUCGUGCUGGAAGCGUGGAGCGUUUAAGUCAUUCUCACUGAUAUGAGGCGGUGCAGACGUUGCCGUGGUUCCGCUCUCCACGGACCUCUGACGUCAGCAGGGCGUUUCCACCAGAGAAGCCGCACAAUGAGCCUUUUAUUACUCCACGUACUGAAUAAAACGACAUUAACACAACAGGAGAACACUCUGUUCAGGAGCUCGGAGGUCAAUGCCAGCACACAAGGACGCGUCAUUCUUCCACCACAGUAAUGGCGUGAAACACUUCUUUCUGAAGCCAUUUUGUUAAUUUGCUGUUAAUUUUUUUUCAGCCCACUGGGAAAUGUGAUCAGAAUGAACACAGCAUCACAGCUUGCACACAACAGAGGUCAAAAGGAGCUCCCAGCAGCUCACAGGGAUUCUUUUAUCUUUGU